CAUUGUGCUCCUGAGGACCAGUCUGAAUACAGCACUUGUUCGGACACGAGGAAGUCUACAGUUUCACGGCCAGUUGGAAAAAAAGAAACAUUCUAAGAGUUUCAGUGUAAAACAGUGAUAUGGAUUCUUUCGGAAAAGAAGCUUUGGAAGCUCAUAAUAAAUUUCGCGCAGCUCACCAAGUGCCACCGCUGACAUGGUCUACCGCCUUGGCGCGAGAUGCUGAGGUUUGGGCAAAGAAAAUCGCAAAAAAAGGUCGCCUUGAACACGAUGACACAAAAGACGGAGAAAAUGUAUUUAUGGUGUUUGGACGCGAAAUUGACGGCACCGAUGCUGUAAACAGUUGGUACAGCGAAGUCAAGGAUUAUGACUUUAGUAAACCUGGGUUUCAGUCAAACACCGGUCACUUUACGCAGGUUGUGUGGAAGGGCAGUAAAGAGCUGGGCAUUGGUAGAGCUAAGAGUGUCGAUGGUAAAGAGUUUGUCGUCGGUCGUUACAGGCCAGCAGGAAACAUGAUGAGGGCCUUCGCGGAGAACGUUUUCCCGUCCAAAGAUGGGCCUGUCACAAUUCCUGAGAGGGAAUCAGCAUCUAAAAAGGGUUCUGUGCCUGUGUACCAGCGGCAGAAACAUGAGGAAAGACCACCGAGAGGAGUGGAGACGCGGACAGAGGAAAAAACCAUUACGCUUCCAGAUGGUACAAAGAAGACUGUUGUGUCCACCGUAACUGUGACCUUAAAAGGAAAUGAUCGAGGUGGCUAUUCUAAGGAAACCGUGACAACAGUAUCGGAGACCAGAAAACAAGACAAGUUUGCUCGAGACAUGAGAACAGCACUUCCUCAAGAUUCUCCGCCUACUCAAGAUCCAAAGCCUUCUAAGAGUUGUUCAACUGCAGGAGGACCGAAAGCCCCCAGCUCUGUGUCACAAACGGGUUUUGCAAAACAGGCCCUUGAUGCUCACAACAAAUACCGCACCAAGCAUAAAGUGUCACCACUGACGUGGUCGGACGAGAUUGCAAAGGAAGCACAGGCCUGGGCCGAGAAAUUGGCACGUGCACGUAAACUGCAGCACGCUACGCAAAAGGAACGUAAAGGAUAUGGUGAGAACAUCGCCAUGUUCUCUGGCAGGUUUGAAACAGCUGCUGAUGAAGCGACAAACAUGUGGUACAGUGAAGUCAAAGACUACAGAUUCGAUAAACCUGGUUUCCAAGGCAACACUGGGCAUUUCACGCAAGUGGUGUGGAAGGAGAGUAAUGAGUUGGGAAUGGGUAGGGCCCAGACCGCUGACGGGAAGCUUACGUACGUGGUGGCAAGGUACAAUCCUGCAGGAAAUUUGCUCAAUCAUUUCCAAGAAAAUGUUUUUAAGGGAUGAGAAGAGAAAAAUUUAAUUUUAAAGUGCAUAGCAUUUGUAGAUCAUCAUUGCCGAUCAUCGGGGUAAAAGUAAUAAAAAAAAAACAACAAAACGAUCAAGCAAAGAGGAGCAAGAAUAGCUAUAAAGGAUAAAUAGAAAGAUAAAUUUUUAGACAAAGCCACCAACUUGGUGCUUAUUCUCUGUAUGCUGAUAAUAGAUAUUGGGAUAAUUAAAAUGAUAUUAUGAAGCUAUCAUUUUAACAAGAAAUGGGUUUUUACUUAAUCAUUGUAAUGUGGGAAUUAAGAACAUAAUAAUAGCCACAAUUUAAAUUAAUCUGAAAAGGUACAGUCUUUCCAUAAUAAUGAAAUGAAAAAUCCUUGAAUAAUGGAGGUAUAACUCUUAAAAAAUAGAUUUUCUACCCUUAUGCUCAAUCAGUUUAUCAUGGCUCAUUCUUAUAAACGAUAAUAUGAAGUUAUAUAUGUUAUAUGUUUUAAUCAGUAAUAAUGCCAAAAGGGGUGAAAAUGCGAGGAAAUGAAUUAAGGGCAAAUACACUUUCCUGGGAAGAACAUGAGCUUUACCGGAAUUCAUUAAGGACCAAAAAUUCAUUUAAAAUCUUUGUGGCUGUGUUAUGGCAUUAGCCAUAAGUUAUACCUAUAGGAACUUUUGAAAUAAUGACAGAUUUAAUCAAUAAAAUACUCAGGGAGUUAGUUUACUUUUGUACUGGAGUGAAGGAGAAAAUAAACUGCAGACUGAAAUUUGUA